CAUAUCAAACCGGUACAUUUAUUACAUCGACUAGCGAGGAACAAAUUCCGAAAGAUUAGAGCUCCUAAAACUAAUACUUCCUUAAUAUUAUAUUCAUCUAUAUGUCACACCUUUAUGCUAAAUAACCGGUAUAAUCUAAAUAACAACGUAUAUCGGUAUAAUAUUCUAAAGGAAACAAGUUAAUUAAUUCGUGAUAAACAGAAACGAGUUCUCGACCAAUGCCAAUUAAAAAUACAAUAUCUUUGAGAAUUCAGUAGAAAUGGAGCGACUGAGCGAACGCGAUCGUGCAACUUUAAACGUAAUUUUUGAUCCAUUUCAAGUACAUGGAUCCAUUGAUAUUUCAGAAAAUGAAAAUCUUGAUACGUUAAACCAAGAUGAGGCGGAUACUUUAACAGAGGAAGUUUUGAGUAUCGUGAAAGAAGCUAUUUCGUGCGCAGAGUUAAAUAAUUUUGACAAAUCUUUCCGUUUAUUCGAGGAAGCUUUAAAGAAAACACCUUCCUCUCCAACUAUUUUAAACGAUAGAGCUCAAGCAUUUCGUUUGGCUGGUCGUGAUAAUGAAGCAUUGGAGGAUUUGCACAUGGCAGUAAAACUUAGCCAAGGAAAAGGAAAAGCAGGCAUUCAGGCGCUUUGCCAACGUGGAAUAUUGUAUCGUUACAUGAAUGAGGAUCAAAAAGCUAAAGAAGAUUUUAUACUGGCAGCCAAAGCUGGCUCGAGCUUUGCCAAAUCACAGCUUGUCUCUUUAAAUCCUUAUGCAGCUAUGUGCAACGCUAUGUUGCGAGAAAUAACUUUGAAAUCUAUGCAUCAUUGAAGAUUAUUAUCAUCCUGGAUUCUAGUAACGUUUCGAGUUGCAUUUUUAGAAAUGACGUAUAAUAUAAAAUUAAG